AUGGAAGAUAAAUCUUUCUAAGGCAGUCAAAUGCAUCUCCGUAAGUCUAAAGGUAAUGAAGAAGUCUUUAAUAGCUAAGGCAUUCAGUAAGAUCUCAGUUCUCUAAGUAACGGUGAUGCGAUCCACUCAGAUAACUAAAGUAACAUUUAGUAGCUGCAAUCUCUUAAUAUUUACAAUCUUCAGUAAAAAUUCUUUAAUGCAGAAGAACACAAUUAAUUGAGCAAUUAAAUGAAAAAGAAUCAAAGCGAAGAAUAUAUUCCUGUUAUUGAUUCUGCAGUAUUCAGUACCACAAAGAUAAAGAAUAAAAGAGGAUCUGGAUAAGAAAAUAGCUUUUUUAAUGGGUAAGGCUAAAUUACUUAAAAACGUAAUUCAAUUCGUAAAUAACCAAGCGAAGUGCUUUCUAUUCUAAGUAAUUAGAAUUUGAAUUUUCUAAAUUCCAACAAUCCUAAAAAUGAAUCUAAUUCUUAAAGUAGUGAAUUUAUUUAGUCUUAAUUAGCAAGCGUUAAUUAAGGAAAAGCCAAUUUUCAAUAAAGUUAGCAAUCAUUUAAUGAAAAAAAAUAAUAAAAAAGAGAAAGCAUCCUUCUCAAUAGUAAUAACAGCAGUAUUAACAAUAUAAAUUCUAAUGGAAUGGCAGUUAGCUAAAAUAAUAAUAAUAAUUAAAUAAUUAACUUGUAAAACUUAAGCAAUCUGCAAACAAACAACAUAACUACAAAUGGAAUAAAUUUUAAAUAAGAAAGUAGCUUUGUAAAUAACAUGAUAAGUGCUAGAGAUUUACCAAACAAUAAUGUUUUAAAUACAAGUCUCAGUAAUUUAAAGCCUGUUUCUAACACAAAUAGCACACUAAAUGUAUAAAAAAUGGCUUAAAUUCUACAAAUUUAAUAGUAAAAAGAGUAAGCUGUUUCAUAGAUUAAAAAAUUAAACUCGAUUUAGAGUAAAAAGUUGAUGAUUCAGCAGUAGUAAGAAAUACAACAAAGAAUAGUUUCAAGUAUGAUUAAUAACAAAAACACGAUAUAAAGCAAUAAAUUAAAUAAUGGUUAAUUUUCGGUAAUAAAUCACUCUCAAAUAAAUACAGAAUAAAAGUAAAAUUAGAAUAUAGAGUUUGAUGAAAUAUAUGCUUAAUCAAAGGAGAUGAUUAACGAUCUUUCAUCUCUUAAAGAAAAGACAGUUUAAAAGGGUAAAAAUGUUUUGUAAAAUAUUUUUAGAGUUUCAAUAAUGAUAAUUAGCUUAAAUUAUUUUUGUCUUGUUGAUUAUUUAAAAAAAAAAAAAGCUAUUUCAGCAUUAGGGUUAGUUAACUUUAUUUUUUAAAUCGUGAGUCUUCUGUGUAAUAUUUUAAUAAUUUAAUAUUUCUUGCUAAAAAUAUUUAAAACCCUUGAAGGAAAUGCUAUGAGUUCAACUUAUAUUGAUAUUACUUGUCUCAUUUUUGGUCAACUUGAAGUUUUUUUCACAUUUGUUUUUGCCCAAUAUGAUUCAUAAGCUAUGAAAAUAAUUUAUAGUUCAAGCGAAAUCUCAAAAAAAAAUUUUACUUAACACUCUUAGUAUUUAAUCUUAUUAUUUGAUUUAUUAUGCUUUUUAGUCGUUUUACUUGAAAUUAUAUGGUCGAUUGUUGAUUUUUCGAUAAAUUCUGCAUUACUAAACAUCAUUAGAAGUCUUAUGCUAUUCAAGCUUUUAAGAAUAUUAAGCAGUCUUUCUGCUCUUCAUUCCCAUUUUUUCAAAAGAUAAUAUUACUAUUAAUACGAGAUGUUUCGUAUAUUAACAACGGCAACUCUCCUCAUCUUAACGUUUACAAAUCUCUGGUGCGCAUUGGCAAGCUAUUACUUUUAGGUUGCUAACAUGCAAGAAUUUCAAAUAUUAAUUACUGCAAAUAUCCCAAAUGAUGAUUAUAAUCAAUAAUUUUUGUUUUUUUUGAACAAGGUAAUUGAGAACACCUUCAGUAUCUAUACAACUCUUGAAUCCGAUGAUAAGCAUUUUGAAUAAACUUUUUUGAUCUCUUUACAACAUAUAUUUAUAGGAGUAUUUUAUAUACACAUGUUUUAGUCUUUCUUCACAUUAUCAAAGACUAUCUGUGAGUUUAAUAGAAAAAAAAGACAAACAUAGAUAGAUCUUAUUGAAUACUCAAAAAAAAUUAAUCUUGAAGACAGCAUACUUGAUCAAAGUAUCCUUUAUAUAUCUAAUUUGCCUGAUAAUCCUAAUAAAUAUAGUAAUUUUAACUCGCAUACAGAAGCUCUGAAAAUUCUUCCACGCUCUUUCAAAAAUUAAAUUGAGGAGUACUUCGAAGAACUACUUUUUGAUUAAAUCCCAUUUCUCUCAUAAUUUUAAACAUCAUUGAAGAAUAAAAUAUAUUCUUAAAUUGAAGAAAUAACCUAUCUACCAGAUGAAUAAAUCAUAACGGAAGGUUAAAUAGAUGAUAGCUCUCUAUACUUUAUUAUUGAAGGCGAAGCAAAAGUCUUCUAUCAACAGAAAUUAGACUCAAAAGCUUUCCAUACUUUUAAAACUUUAAAAAAGCUAGAUUAUUUUGGAGAGAUAAGUUUCCUAACAGGAUAACCUAGGAAAGCUAGUGUAAAGUCUAUUGGCUAUUUAACAGUAAUUAAAAUAUAAAGAAAGACUUUGAUAAAUUUGAUAUAGCAUCAUAUACUUGAUUACUAAGCUUUUUGCAUGAUGAGAGAUUAAAUUAUGAACAAUCAAAACUAUUCCUUCAUAAAUUUAAAAUGCUAUAUUUGCGAUUAGCAUACACAUCUAGCAUCUGUUUGUCCUUUUGCUCAUUAUAGAAUGGAUUUAGUAUCUUAUGUCAAAGCAUAUUACUUAGAUUCUAAAGAUCAAGUGAGAUAGUCUUUUGAAAGAAAGAAAAAAAACAGCAUAAAAGCAGUCACUUGUUUAAAAAAAAUUCAGAGAGCAGUUAGUGGUAUCUUAGAAGAUACACUUAUCCAGGGUAUUCUAUCUGAAGAUUAUAGUUCAGAUUUGUAAUUUGAUGAAGAAGAGUUUGAUAAAAAGAUAUACUAUGAUAGUAUCCUACUUUCUUUAGAAUUCUCAGAGUAAGAAAAAGAAAAUAACCUUUAAAAUAAUCUUAGUAAAAGACCUCCUUCUUAAAUACAUGUAUCUAAUUUACCUAUGACACCUGAUAGAAGAACAAGUUCAAAAUAAAAUGUUAAAAAUGGAUCAUUGGUAGCAAGUGUAGAAGAAGACAUAGAAUCAGGACUGAAUUCGAACAUGAAUAAUGAAAUAGUCUUUUCUUCUUCAUCAAUUAAUAAUAAAAUUCUGCUUAAGUCAAAAACUAAUCCUAAAGAAGAAAAGAAUAGCCCUAAGCAUAGAGCAAGUAAAGGAAAAUCAGUUAGUAUCUAAAAAGCUGACUCUUUAACAAACCAAGGAGGAUCAAGAUAUAGCAGAUCUCAUUUCCACUAGCCAGUAACUCUAUCAUCCAUUUCUCAUAAAUCUUCAAAGGAAAAAGAUGAAAUUCCUUACUUUUUAUCUAGAGAUGAUUUAAGCGAAAAAGUAUUUAAUUUUGCAGCAUAUUUCCCAGAUAGUAAUGCUAAAAGUAUUAUUGAGAGUUUUAAUAAAAGCAUAAAGCUAAAUAGCAAAAAUGAAAUAAUUUUUAAGUAAGGGUCAUUAAGUAGCUAAAAUUUUGACUUUCCUAACUAGCUUAGCUCAAUUUAAAACCAGGUAAUUGGGUCUUAAUUUUAAAAGCAAUUAUCGUUCUAUUCAGUACCAAAUUAUGGAUAAUCCAUACAAAAUUAUUAAUAAGCUCAAAGAGAGCAUUAAGAAAAAGUACAUCGUAAAUUAAUUGAUUAAAUUAAUAACAAUAAUUUUAUAAGCUACAUUGAUAAUGAAGAGUUAUUUUUUAACUGA